AUGCGCACAUUUUUCAAGCACUAUUCGACCUGUGAUGGCGAGGAUUCUGUCAGUUUGGGAUGCGAUUCGCCAGCUUCAGAGGUGGGCGACGAGGCCGAUGAGCUGAACGUGAAUGCAGACGAGCCAACUCCGCUGGCGGAAACCGACUUCAAGUCCUGGCAUCUGCGUGACUUCUCUGCCUACUGCCUAGUCCAGAUUCACAUGCCUGUACUCUCAAUAGUCUGGUCGGACUCGGCUGGUGGCGAGCAGAAGAAAUGCGUUCUUGAUCCAGAUCCCAAGAUUGUUGCCCAACUGCUCACAAAGGUGACCUACCACAUUGACUGCUUGCUGGAGGAUUGGUACCCAGACCUGGGCACCCGGUUUCACCAGUCCACCAGCGGAACCCUUCUCAUCCAUCGCAUAGUUCCCUGCACUGCCUGCAUUCGCCAUAUUUCACCCUGUUCGUCGGAAGCCACAGGCGAUGCCAACGGCACUUCCAACAUAGUCUACGGCAUUUUGGUGGAGGAGUUUGUGCACUGGUUUCUCUCUGCCUGUGGGAUAUCCGCGCUCAGUGGUCGGCUUCGCCUGGCCUGUCCCCUGCACACUACCUUCGCCUUUCCGGCAAAUGAUCUGGUUUUCGAUGAUAUUGGCGAUGACUUCCUGCUGCCUACCAACAAACUAUUUCUCGAGCGAUUCCUGGGUCGAGGCACUUUUGGUUCCGUCUUCGCUCCGGCGAACGCCGUCUCCGCCCAGACCCUUCGCCGGUUGUCCACUCUAACACGCAACACAGGAACCAAUGUAUUAUCCACGCUGAAUACCCCCAGUUCGCUUGCCUCGCACCCCUGCUCGGUGUCUGUUGUGCUAGGGGACUACGGUGUCAGUAGGGCUCGGGCUAACCUCGAUGGUUGUCGGGGCUACGUGGGUACUCCAGGCUACAUGGCACCAGAGAUUUUGGAGCAUUUUGGAGAGGAGACGUAUACGGCAAAGGUUGGUUUUUGUUUUUUCCCCUUACCUUCUGAUUGCCUCUGUUUGCUUUCCCUGCAUGGCAUCUUUUAUUCCCUCCCCCUGCUUGUCCUCGUUUUUAGCCACCUUUGUUUGAUUAUCCUUUGUUUGGACAAUUCGCCACCCUCCCCCCUUUCUGCUCUCUCACAUUGCUGA